UCGAACUUCUCCCGCCAGGCCUAACCUACUCCCGCGCACUCCUGGGCCCGCCCAGCCGCCAUCUUGGUCUAGGAGGGAGCGCGCCGCACGCGUGAGUAAACAGCCGGAGCCGGGAAAGUCGAGCUCUGGCAGCGUCUGGGUGCUGAGGGGCAGAGGCGGAGAGAACCCUGUCCUGAUCUUCCUAGGUGGGAUAAAUAUCGGGGUGACAGUGGUAGGCCGCGGGGAACCCUCAGUCUGCCCACCCUCCGCCCCCUCGCGGCGAGAUGCCUCGUUCCCCGGGCUUCUCCCGCCCUCCGUCGAUCUCCUCCCUCUGUUGAAAGCUGCCCGGGAAAGUGGUGGCGGGAGCGGGCCCAGGCCCGAAUGUGGCGUGGGCUCAGGUGCCUGGUGUCGGGCGCCGGAGGAGGUUCGCGCUGGGGUUUGGUGAUUCGGAGGCCUGGGGUGCAGACGCGGCGUGGCUGUGAGGCCGGGGCGGGCGUGCGGGUGUGAGGGCCGGACUCACACUGGGCCGCCGCGGGGCUGUUUCCAUCGGUCACUGGAUUUUCUCCUCUUCCGGUUCGGGCCUCAGGGUGGCCGACAUGACGGCCAGGGGUCAGAGCCCCCUCGCGCCGCUGUUGGAGACUUUGGAAGACCCUUCUGCCUCCCAUGGAGGGCAGACUGACGCUUACCUGACUCUGACCAGUCGUAUGACUGGAGAAGAAGGAAAAGAAGUAAUUACAGAAAUUGAGAAAAAACUUCCUCGGCUGUACAAAGUUUUAAAGACUCACAUUUCCAGUCAAAACUCGGAGCUGAGUAGUGCUGCUCUACAAGCCCUGGGGUUUUGCUUAUAUAAUCCCAAAAUUACCUCAGAAUUAUCAGAGGCAAAUGCUCUAGAAUUGCUUUCAAAAUUGAAUGAUACCAUUAAGAAUUCAGACAAAAAUGUACGUACCAGAGCACUUUGGGUGAUAUCUAAGCAGACAUUUCCCUCUGAAGUGGUUGGCAAAAUGGUAUCCAGUAUAAUUGAUUCAUUAGAAAUACUGUUUAACAAAGGAGAGACGCAUUCUGCUGUUGUUGAUUUUGAAGCAUUGAAUGUUAUCGUAAGGCUAAUUGAACAAGCCCCAAUUCAAAUGGGAGAAGAGGCAGUGAGGUGGGCAAAACUGGUCAUACCUUUAGUGGUUCAUUCAGCACAAAAGGUACAUUUGCGGGGAGCAACUGCUCUGGAGAUGGGAAUGCCAUUAUUGCUUCAGAAACAGCAAGAAAUAGCAUCUAUUACGGAGCAGCUUAUGACUACUAAAUUAAUCUCAGAACUUCAGAAGCUAUUUAUGAGUAAAAAUGAGACUUACGUGUUAAAAUUAUGGCCUUUGUUUGUCAAACUACUUGGAAGGACCUUGCAUCGAAGUGGGAGUUUCAUCAAUUCUCUGUUGCAACUAGAAGAACUUGGAUUUCGUAGUGGAGCACCCAUGAUUAAAAAGAUAGCUUUUAUUGCUUGGAAGAGUUUAAUAGAUAAUUUUGCUUUAAAUCCAGAUAUACUAUGUAGUGCAAAAAGACUCAAGUUGUUAAUGCAGCCUUUGAGUUCCAUCCAUGUGAGAACAGAAACUCUAGCAUUAACAAAACUAGAAGUCUGGUGGUAUUUGCUGAUGAGACUUGGACCUCAUCUUCCUGCUAAUUUUGAACAGGUUUGUGUGCCUCUGAUUCAAAGUACAAUAAGCAUUGAUUCUAAUGCCUCACCUCAGGGCAAUUCGUGUCAUGUAGCUACAUCUCCAGGUUUAAAUCCUAUGACUCCUGUACACAAAGGUGCUUCCUCCCCGUACGGAGCCCCGGGAACUCCCCGAAUGAACCUGAGUUCGAAUUUAGGUGGAAUGGCCACAAUCCCAUCCAUUCAACUUUUGGGACUUGAAAUGUUGCUUCAUUUCUUGUUGGGUCCAGAAGCCUUGAGUUUUGCUAAGCAAAAUAAACUUGUGCUGAGCUUAGAGCCACUGGAACAUCCGUUAAUCAGCAGCCCUUCUUUUUUUUCCAAACAUGCAAAUACACUUAUCACUGCUGUUCAUGAUAGCUUUGUUGCAGUUGGAAAAGAUGCCCCCGAUGUGGUUGUCAGUGCUAUCUGGAAGGAGCUAAUUAGCUUGGUGAAGUCAGUUACUGAAUCAGGUAACAAAAAAGAGAAACCAGGUUCUGAAGUUUUGACUCUCUUAUUAAAGUCUUUGGAAAGCAUAGUAAAGUCUGAAGUAUUUCCUGUAUCAAAAACGCUGGUCCUCAUGGAAAUUACAAUUAAAGGACUUCCUCAGAAAGUAUUAGGUUCACCAGCAUAUCAGGUUGCUAAUAUGGAUAUUCUUAAUGGAACUCCAGCUUUGUUCUUAAUUCAAUUAAUUUUCAACAAUUUCUUGGAAUGUGGUGUAUCAGAUGAAAGGUUCUUUCUCAGUUUGGAAUCACUUGUAGGCUGUGUUCUUUCUGGUCCAACUUCACCACUAGCUUUCAGUGACUCAGUUUUAAAUGUUAUUAAUCAAAAUGCAAAGCAGUUGGAAAAUAAGGAGCAUCUCUGGAAAAUGUGGAGUGUUAUAGUCACCCCAUUAACUGAAUUGAUUAAUCAGACCAAUGAAGUAAAUCAAGGUGAUGCCUUAGAACAUAAUUUUAGUGCCAUCUAUGGUGCAUUGACUUUACCAGUAAACCACAUUUUUUCAGAACAGAGAUUUCCAGUGGCCACUAUGAAGACUUUGCUUAGAACUUGGUCAGAAUUAUAUAGAGCAUUUGCUCGUUGUGCUGCUUUGGUGGCAACAGCAGAAGAGAACUUGUGCUGUGAGGAACUUUCUUCCAAGAUAAUGUCCAGUUUGGAAGAUGAAGGCUUUUCUAAUUUGUUGUUCGUGGAUAGAAUUAUUUAUAUUAUUACUGUAAUGGUUGAUUGCAUUGACUUCUCACCAUAUAAUAUUAAAUAUCAGCCCAAAGUUAAAUCACCACAGAGACCUUCAGAUUGGUCCAAAAAGAAGAAUGAGCCCCUAGGGAAAUUGACUUCUUUAUUUAAACUUAUUGUGAAAGUGAUCUAUUCUUUCCACACUCUGAGCUUCAAGGAAGCACAUUCCGAUACCCUCUUCACUAUUGGCAACUCAAUCACCAGCAUUAUUUCCAGUGUACUUGGACAUAUUUCUUUGCCUUCUAUGAUCCGAAAAAUAUUUGCAACUUUAACAAGACCUCUGGCAUUAUUUUAUGAAAACUCAAAGCUUGAUGAAGUUCCUAAAGUAUAUAGUUGUCUGAACAACAAGUUAGAAAAGCUACUGGGAGAAAUUAUUGCUUGUCUGCAAUUCAGCUACACCGGAACUUACGAUAGUGAACUUCUUGAACAACUCUCCCCACUAUUAUGCAUAAUAUUUCUGCACAAGAAUAAACAGAUUCGAAAACAGAGUGCUCAGUUCUGGAAUGCCACUUUUGCUAAAGUGAUGAUGUUGGUUUAUCCUGAAGAGUUAAAACCAGUACUAACACAAGCCAAACAAAAAUUUCUGCUCCUGUUGCCUGGUUUGGAAACUGUUGAAAUGAUGGAGGAAUCCAGUGGACCAUAUUCUGAUGGACUGAAACUUGAAUCUUCAUCUUUAAAAGUAAAGGGUGAAAUUCUUUUGGAAGAGGAAAAGUCUACUGACUUUGUGUUUAUACCUCCAGAAGGAAAAGAUGCAAAGGAAAGAAUAUUAACUGAUCAUCAAAAAGAAGUUCUCAAAACAAAGCGGUGUGAUAUUCCUGCCAUGUAUAAUAAUCUGGAUAUUUCCCAAGAUACCUUAUUUACUCAGUAUAGUCAGGAAGAGCCUAUGGAAAUUCCUACUUUAACCAGAAAACCGAAGGAGGAUUCUAAGAUGAUGAUUACGGAGGAGCAAAUGGACAGUGACAUUGUCAUUCCUCAAGAUGUCACGGAAGACUGUGGUAUGGCUGAACAUCUUGAAAAGGCCUCCCUUUCAAAUAAUGAGUGUGGUUCUCUUGACAAAACCAGUCCAGAAAUGUCGAACAGUAAUAAUGAUGAAAGAAAAAAAGCUUUAAUUUCAUCAAGGAAAACAUCAACUGAAUGUGCAUCUAGUACAGAAAAUUCUUUCGUUGUCAGCAGUAGUUCAGUUUCUAAUACCACUGUUGCUGGAACUCCCCCAUACCCUACAAGUCGGAGGCAAACCUUUAUUACUUUGGAGAAGUUUGAUGGUUCAGAAAAUAGACCUUUUAGUCCAUCCCCCUUGAAUAAUAUUUCAUCAACUGUUACAGUGAAAAAUAACCAGGAAACCAUGAUUAAAACAGAUUUUCUUCCAAAAGCAAAGCAAAGAGAAGGGACUUUUUCAAAAUCUGAUUCUGAAAAAAUAGUGAAUGGAACUAAGAGAUCAAGCCGGAGAGCUGGUAAAGCUGAACAAACAGGGAAUAAAAGGUCUAAGCCCUUAAUGAGAUCUGAGCUGGAGAAAAAUACUGAGGAAUCUAUUGAAGGCAUUGUAGUCUUAGAAAAUAACCCACCUGGUUUGCUUAAUCAAACAGAAUGUGUGUCAGAUAAUCAGGUUCAUCUUUCUGAAUCUACAAUGGAGCAUGACAAUACAAAGCUUAAAGCAGCAACAAUGGAAAAUGCUGUAUUAUUGGAAACUAAUACUGUAGAGGAGAAAAAUGUAGAAAUUAAUUUGGAAUCCAAAGAGAAUACACCCCCAGUAGUAAUAUCAGCAGAUCAAAUGGUAAAUGAGGAUAGUCAGGUUCAGAUAACUCCAAAUCAGAAAACCCUUAGACGGUCUUCAAGGCGACGUUCAGAAGUAGUAGAGUCUACCACUGAAAGCCAAGAUAAGGAAAAUAAUCAUCAAAAAAAGGAACGACGUAAGGAAGAAGAAAAACCUCUUCAGAAGAGUCCAUUGCAUAUAAAAGAUGAUGUGUUACCUAAACAAAAACUGAUUGCUGAACAAACUCUACAGGAGAAUUUAAUUGAGAAAGGAAGUAAUUUACAUGACAAGACUCUUGGGGAAACUAGUGCUAAUGCAGAAACUGAACAAAAUAAAAAAAAGGCAGACCCUGAGAACAUUAAGUCUGAGGGGGAUGGUACCCAGGACAUUGUAGAUAAGUCCUCUGAGAAACUAGUCAGAGGCCGAACACGGUAUCAAACAAGAAGAGCAUCUCAGGGUUUGCUUUCCAGCAUUGAAAAUUCAGAAUCUGAUAGUUCGGAGGCAAAAGAAGAAGGUUCUAGGAAGAAGAGAUCUGGAAAAUGGAAAAACAAAAGCAAUGAAAGUGUUGACAUUCAAGAUCAAGAAGAGAAAGUGGUGAAACAGGAAUGUAUAAAAGCUGAAAAUCAGUCACAUGAUUAUAAAGCAAGUUCUGAAGAAGAUGUAAGCAUAAAACCUCCGAUUUGUGAAAAACAAGAUGAAAGUAGUACUGUAAUGUGUCAGGAUUCUACAGUAACUUCAGAUUUGUUGCAAGUUCCUGAUGAUUUACCAAAUGUGUGUGAGGAAAAAAAUGAAACUAGCAAACAUGCAGAAUAUUCCUUAACAAGUCUACCUGUGCCAGAAUCAAAUCUAAGGACUAGAAAUGCCAUUAAGAGAUUACAUAAGCGAGACUCUUUUGAUAAUUGUAGUUUGGGAGAAUCCUCAAAAAUAGGGAUAUCAGAUAUUUCUUCGCUUUCAGAAAAAACUUUUCAAACACUUGAAUGCCAACACAAGAGAAGUAGGAGGGUGAGGAGAUCUAAAGGUUGUGAUUGCUGUGGGGAAAAAUCACAACCUCAGGAAAAGUCACUCAUUGGGUUAAAGAAUACAGAAAAUAAUGACGUAGAGAUUAGUGAAACAAAAAAGGCAGAUGUGCAAGCACCUGUAAGCCCAUCAGAAACUUCUCAAGCUAAUCCAUAUUCUGAAGGACAAUUUUUAGAUGAACAUCAUAGUGUGAAUUUUCAUUUGGGUCUCAAAGAGGAUAAUGAUACUAUUAAUGAUUCAUUAAUUGUUUCUGAAACCAAAUCAAAAGAAAACACUAUGCAAGAAUCUCUUCCUUCUGGAAUAGUAAACUUUAGAGAGGAAGUUUGUGAUAUGGAUUCUAGUGAAGCAAUGUCUCUUGAAAGCCAAGAGUCACCUAAUGAAAAUUUUAAAACUGUUGGCCCGUGUUUAGGAGACUCGAAAAAUGUUUCACCGGAAUCUUUGGAGACAAAAGAAGAAAAACCAGAAGAAACCCCAAAAAUGGAACUGAGUCUAGAGAAUGUUACUGUUGAAGGAAAUGCAUGUAAAGUAACAGAAUCCAAUCUAGAGAAAGCAAAAACUAUGGAAUUGGAUGUAGGAAAUGAAGCUAGCUUCCAUGGACAAGAGAGAACCAAAACUGGUAUUUCUGAAGAAGCAGCAAUAGAAGAAAAUAAAAGAAAUGAUGACUCUGAAGCAGACACAGCUAAACUGAAUGCCAAAGAAGUAGCAACUGAGGAAUUUAAUUCAGAUAUUAGUCUUUCUGAUAAUACUAUACCUGUAAAAUUGAAUGCUCAAACUGAGAUUUCUGAACAAACAGCAGCUGGGGAACUAGAUGGAGGAAAUGGUGUAUCUGAUCUACACUCAUCUGAAGAAACGAAUACCAAAAUGAAAAAUUAUGAAGAAAUGAUGAUCGGUGAGGCAAUGGCUGAAACUGGCCAUGUUGGUGAAACAGAGAAUGAGGGCAUAACUACCAAAACCUCAAAGCCUGAUGAAGCUGAAACAAAAAUGUUGACUGCAGAAAUGGACAACUUUGUUUGUGACACAGUUGAAAUGAGCACUGAAGAAGGAAUCAUUGACGCUAAUAAAACUGAAACAAAUACUGAGUAUAGUAAAUCUGAAGAAAAAUUAGAUAACAAUCAAAUGGUAAUGGAAAGUGAUAUUUUACAGGAAGAUCACCAUACUUCACAGAAAGUGGAGGAACCAUCACAGUCUCUGGCAUCUGGAACAGCUAACUCUGAACUAAUAAUAGAAGACAAUAAUGCAUCUCCUCAAAAACUAAGGGAACUUGAUCCUUCACUUGUGUCAGCAAAUGACAGUCCUAGUGGCAUGCAGACACGCUGUGUCUGGUCUCCUUUGGCUUCUCCGUCUACGAGCAUUUUAAAGAGAGGACUAAAAAGAUCCCAAGAAGAUGAAAUCUCAUCACCUGUUAAUAAGGUUCGCCGUGUCUCCUUUGCAGAUCCAAUAUACCAAGCAGGAUUGGCAGAUGACAUUGAUAGACGGUGCUCUAUUGUUAGGUCCCAUUCUUCCAAUAGUUCUCCCAUAGGAAAAAGUGUUAAAACUUCUCCUACUACACAAUCUAAGCAUAAUACCACUUCAGCCAAAGGAUUUCUGUCCCCAGGAUCACGUAGCCCUAAAUUUAAGCGCUCAAAGAAGUGUUUAAUUUCAGAAAUGGCCAAAGAAUCCAUACCAUGCCCAACAGAAAGUGUUUACCCACCAUUGGUGAACUGUGUGGCACCAGUUGACAUCAUUUUACCUCAGAUUACAUCAAACAUGUGGGCAAGAGGCCUGGGACAACUUAUUAGAGCUAAGAAUAUAAAAACUAUUGGUGAUUUGAGUACUCUUACAGCAUCUGAAAUAAAAACUCUUCCUAUCCGUUCUCCAAAAGUGUCCAAUGUAAAAAAGGCUCUCAGAAUAUAUCAUGAGCAGCAGGUGAAGACUCGUGGACUAGAAGAGAUUCCAGUUUUUGAUAUUUCUGAAAAAACAGUAAAUGGAAUAGAAAAUAAAUCUUUGUCACCUGAUGAAGAAAGACUUGCCUCAGAUAUAAUUGAUCCUGUUGCUUUAGAAACUCCAUUAUCCAAAAACCUUGUGGCACAGAUUAAUGCUCUUGCUCUUCAGCUGGAUUCAGAAGAUCUUCAUAAUUAUUCAGGAAGCCAACUAUUUGAAAUGCACGAGAAACUAAGUUGUAUGGCAAACUCUGUAAUAAAAAAUCUACAGUCACGUUGGAGAUCACCAUCCCAUGAAAAUUCUAUUUAGUAUUUUCAGAGAAAAUUGAAGGUUUUUUUAAACAUCACUGGAUUUCUUGAUUGAGGAAACAAGUUCUGAAAUAAUAGCACAAUUUCAAAGAAGAGACUCUUUGCAAAGUUGAUAACAUUUCAAACCCUGAAGGACAGUGACUUAUUAUGUAAGUUCAAUUUUGUAAGUUCAUUAUGUAAGAUCUUUUUUUUUCAUAUAAUGUAUUCUUCUUGGCUGCUAUGCGUGGUUUUUCAGGAAAUUUAAUUAUCUUACUGAGAUGUGAAAGCAAAACUAGUAACAGAACUUACAUUUUAUUUCAUGCUUUCUUAAUUAAACCCGUGCAUAUUCUGGUGAAACAUGUAAAAUACUUUAAGUAAAAUUGAACAUUUUUAUUUGAAUUUUUGCUGAACUGAUAAAGGUGUUUAUACUUUUGUUUGUUUGUUUAAUUCAUGUUUGUUGGGACUGAGGUUUAGGAAGUUUGUUACUGGUUAAAAACCUCAAAUGAAAUGCGAAAGAAUUGGAACUUUUCCUGCAUAUGUCAACUUUGGACAGCUUUCAAGAAAAAUGAGACAAGUUUCAGCUUCUGGGGGUUAAAAUAUUAAUGCAGAAUUUACUAAGAUUUUAUUCAUUUGCAUUAGCAAAUAUUCAUGCAGCAGCAGUUGACUGAAAAUUUAUUCUUAUGAGACGUAUAGUAUUCAUUUUUAAAUGCAUGAUUGUACAUUAUGUAUAGACGACAAUGUUUUUAAUUUAUAAAUUUCAUUCUUUGUUAAUUGCAUGGGUUUUUCUGCAGCUUAUUGUGAAUACCUUGGUUCUGUUCAAUAGAAACAUUUUGUAUAUAUUAAAUACUGAAAUAUCAGUAUUGACGGUGGAAGUGCUUCAUGGGCUUGCUGCACAUAUUUGUAGGAUACUGUAUCUGCAGAUGCAACAACAAAUAGUUUUGUACUUGGUUAACAGUCUUAGUUAAAACAUGAGUUUAUUUUCUAAAAGUAUCCAGAAUAAGUAAAAUUAUAGAAAUAAGAAAAUGUUACACAACUUUGCUGUUCAUACCCUUACCUUCUUACUACUUUUGGUUUGGAGGAGGGUAUCACCACUAGAAAGUGUGCCUCCUUAAGAUUUCUUAAAGGAAAGUUAGUUUCAGUAUUUCACAGCAAGUUGGACUACAAAAUCUAGAGUUGAUCUGCUUUUUAAACCUUCAUUUAAAAGCAAACUUGGAAGAAAUUUGAAACUGUUGUUUUUAAUAUAUGUCUGUGUUGCCUAGGUUUUCUUUUUUUAAAGAGGUAUGUAAUUAAAACCUUUGUAAAUUUUGCCAACUAAUAUUAGUGCCUGACUUCCCAUAUUUGUUUCAUCUUUUUAACUGACAAUAUAUCUCACUUGUUCUUUGAAUAGAAUGAGUGAGUAAUCUCAGUUUUCACAUUUUAUUCAGAAGCUAAUCCCUACUUAGCAAGGCACACAUUCUAGCAAGUCAUAGAAAGUUUAAUCCUUGUGCCUAGUUAGCUCUCGUAUAUUCAGGGAUCUCUAUAAAAGUUGGUGUCUUUUUUCAUCAUCAUAAAUUCAUAAUCACAGAUACUUUUGGGUCUAAGAUAUUCAUAUACCAAGGAUGGUUUUGUAAAGAAUUCUGGGAUCAUUGAAUUAAGGAUUGUGGCUUGAAGUAACUAAAGAAAAAUACUAAUUUCCUUAAAAGGAAUUACAAUUAUGAUUUACAUUUUACAUCAUUAAUUUCCCAAAUUAUAUUUAACCGUAAGGAGGUGCACAUGAGUUUUUAGCAAACAGGUAUGAAUAAGCAGCUAUGUAUAUGUGUUUGGGGAAGAGGGGAGCAGAUUACUUUAACAAACUUCAGAAUUAAAAUCAGCUCGUUUCAUGACUAUGUGCCUUAACGUUUGUGUGAACUAAACUUGCUGAUUGAAUGAAAUUCUUGGGAAGCCAAACAGUAAUAGCAGAAAAUGUGACCAAAUGAGUAUCAUGUACUUAAAUCACUUAAUUUUAUAUAAGCACAAGUAUUAAUUUUAAAAACAUUAUAGUUUAAUAAAGCUGCAUUUAAAAAUAUUUGGGAGCAAAGACAAGCAUGCUAAAUCUUCAUUUUGCUAUGGCUAUAAGCAUAUAUUUUUGGCAACUUAUUUGCAAUAUUCUUGCCUUAAAGUUUCCUGCAAAUUUCCCCCUUAGUAAUUCCCGAAUAGCAAAACAUUAAUAUUCCAUGAUUAGCUCUACUGUGUUGUCUCACUAUUAAAAUGGAAUUCGUUUUUUCAAAUCUUUUCUAAUGGUUAAUAAAACAAAUGUCAGAUCAUAAUAACACUCAAAUGUGUCUUAAUUGUCUUAUGCAUAUUUAAGAAAAAAAAACUAGUGGCACACAGGAUUGUCAUGUAGUAUCUUUUUUUUUUUUUUUUUUUUGAGACACAGUCUUGCUCUGUUGCCCAUGCUGGAGUGCAGUGGUGCGAUCUCGGUUCACUGCAAGCUCUGCCUCCCAGGUUCACGCCAUUCUCCUGCCUCAGCCUCCCAAGUAGCUGGGACUACAGGUGCCCGCCACCAUGCCCAGCUAAUUUUUUAUAUUUUUAGUAGAGAAGGGGUUCACUGUGUUAGCCAGGAUGGUCUUGAUCUGACCUCGUGAUCCGCCUGCCUCAGCCUCCCAAAGUGCUGGGAUUACAGGCGUGAGCCACCCCACCUGGCCAUUUUCUUUUUUUUUUGAGAUGGAGUUUUCACCCUUGCUGCCCAGGCUGGAGUGCAGUGGCACGAUCUCAGCUCACUGCAACCUCCACCUCCUGGGUUCAAGCGAUUCUCCUGCCUCAGCCUCCCAAAUAGCUGGGAUUACAGGUGCCUGCCACCACCACCGGUUAAUUUUUGUAUUUUUAGUAGAUACGGGGUUUCACCAUGUCGGCCAGGCUGGUCUCAAACUUCUGACCUCAGAUAUCCACCUGCCUCAGCCUCCUAAAAUGGUGGAAUUACAGGCGUGAGCCACCGCUCCUGGCCCAUCAUUCCCAUAUCUAUGAAAUCUGUUUUGGAUUUUAGAGUGGAUUUAAAUUUUCAAUAUUUCAGUGACCUCAUUGUUGAAGCUGCUUUGCCACUUGUACAAGUUUGAAAACCAUUGUUGAAUCAUAUGGAGCUUUACUCUAAUUCCAAAUAGUUAAAGGAUGAAUCAGGUUAAAUAAUGCUGUUGGAUAAUACAGGCAAAAACAGGAUUUAAACCUGCACAUUAAAAGCAUUAUUGAAGGCCGGGCAGGUGGAUCACUUUGGCCCAGGAGUUCAAAACUGACCUGAACAAUGUGGCGAAAUCCUGUCUCUACUAAAAAUACAAAAACCAGCCAGGCAUGUUGGCACAUACUUGUAAUCUCAGCUACUCAGGAGGCUGAGACAUGAGAAUUGCUUGAACCUUUUAGGCGGAGGUUGCAGUGAGCCGAGAUCAUGCCAUUGCGCGAUAGAGCAAGUCUCUGUCUCGCAAAAAAAAAAAAAAAGUUUAAUUCUAACAUUGCCCAUGGAUUUUUUUUUUCUGUACAGCUUGAAGAUAAGAUAGUUAAAGACUCUGUUAAAUUUAAACAUAAAAAUGUGAAGAGUAAGUGGUGAGGCAAGAAACAAAAUUGGGGGAAAUGGUGGGGAUUGUGAAUAUAUAAGUGAAGUUUCAUUUUUUUAAGGUGUAAAGGAAUGAGAAUAGAGUAAUUGCUUUUUAAAAAGAAAGUAUAAAUGGGUUAAUUUUUUUCUUCCAACUUUGACUUUAAUUCAGUAAGAAAGGCCUAGGUUUCAUCUCAUAUUCUUCAUAAUUGAUUUUCAAGAAGUUAAUUUGUCAUUCAGCCUAGGAGGCUAUAAAACAGCAGUUAGUUGGCAUUAUUAGACUAAAACUUGGGUGGGGGGAGGAGACUGUUUCCUCAUUGCUGCAACCCAUGUCUAUCUUAUUAUUCCUAAGCCAUUAGAAAGACCUUGUACUUUGUAUAGAAACAUUAGAGGUUUUGAUUUUUAACAUAGUACUCUCAAACUUUGAUGUGCAUAUGAACAAGCGGAUUCUGAUUCAGUAGAUCUGCAUUGGGCCCCGUGAGUCUUUUUAAACACAGUCCCAGGUGAUUCAUGCAGAUGCCUGUGAACUGCGCUGGUAGAUGGGCCUAAGAGGCUUCAGGCUGUGUUUUAGAUUUUGGUAAGCCAGGCAGAUUCAAGUCCUUUUAUAACUGUCAAUUUUGUGAAUUGGGGAUGCAGACUGGUUUUGAAGGCUUAAAGUUCAAAAAUUUUAAGAAAAUUAAGAAUUUUGCUUAAGAGCCUUUUAAAAAUAUGGACGAUUUAUUUUUUAAGUAGUCAGACUAAGAAUUUCAGGUUAUAAAGAAUCUUAUUGAUAAGGCAAAUUAGACAAAGUAUUUUCUCAUGAGUAUUUGUGGGUUAUGUUUUUGUUAAUAUAAAAGUUGAUUUCUAAGUAUUAGAAUAUAUUUAGUCUCUAAAUAAAUCUUGCCUUCUAUUAUGGAUCAUCAUUAUUAAUAAACAUGGAAAAUCAACACUACCCCUAAUAUUAAUCUGGCAGUUAAAUUUAGUAGUGCUAUAAUGAAUAAGUCAGUCUAGCACAUAUGCCCUGUCAUUAUACUGCAGACCUCUGGUCACUUAAUUUUCUGUUAUAUUAUGUGGUUGAAAAUUCCUGUUUCAUCGUAAAGUGAAAUUUGAAAGAUGGAGUUGAAUAAUAUGAUUCUUGAAAAGUGAGUUUUUCUUGGAAUUCUGUUAAGGUGUUAGAUUUUCCUCACAUAUUUAAAUAAUCUGUAAGAACUACCCUGAAAGCACUAAGGAAAAUGUAGCCGAAAGUUAAGUAAUAGGUUUUAAAAAUUUAUCAAAAUUUAUUGAUAGUUUGAUCUGUAAAACAAAUUGGGUUUCGUGCUUUCUGACGUCCAGUUAAUAAGUAUGUUAUGUGCCAGGCUUUACAUAUUGCUCUUUGCAAGUAGCCAUUAAAAUGUAAGUCAUCGAAGUUUGAAGAUCUAUAAAUAUUUAAUAUAGUAGUCUAAACAGUUGUGAGAAUUUACUCAGUUCUGAAAUAGAAUGUUAAAUUUUCCGAUGUGGUCCUAAUCAUUUUUUUCUUUACAUACUAAGCCUUCCUUUCUCCAAAGAACAGUUAAAACCAAAUGUGUUAUGGUAAGCUGUAAAUACCAUUGGAAUAAAAGAUAACCGUUCAUCUUACCUAAAAAAUUGAAGACAAUAUUUUCCAUUGUUGAUGUCACAAGUAAGAAAAAAACUCUAACUUUUGUACUCUACUUGUAGCAGAGGGAAUAUUUUUGGCCACAGUGUGCCAAUUUAUAAUUGUAGAUAAAGCUGAAUUUACUGGACAGCAAGCUUAUAUGCUGAUAGAAGUUGAUGCACUGAGAAGUGAUGAGUUGAAGAGAAUGGAAAAGACAGAUUGAGCUGGAAUUUUAAUGCAUAGUCCAUUUAGUAGAGAGACAAGCUGUCCUAUAUACUCCUGUAUACUUCAGAAAUAGCUGAUAGCCUAUAGUCUCUGAGAGCUAUUCUGUACAUAGCACAGUAUUAUAAUUGAUGUUCAUAAAUACCCUGAGAGAUUAUGUUAAAAUACAUUAUUAAUACUCCCACAAAAGCAGUAAGUUAAUAAGUAUUUCCAACAAAAGGCAGCUUUGUUUCUUAAACGGAUAAACAAAAUAUAACUAGGAAGAUCUUCAAAAUAAAGUGUCAUGGAACUGAAAAUAGAGUAUAGUCUAACAAUUAUUUUGAUACAUUAUUGAAUAGCUAACAAGUGUCUAAAGAAUUUUUUAUUUUUAUAGAAUAGGAAGUUUCCAAAAGAAAACAAUUAAGAGCAAAAUUGGUUUUGAGUAUAGAAACUGAAGGAUGGCAGUGUUAACUCCUAAGUUUUUUACAGAGCACAGAUUGGUAAACUAGCAUGCCACCUGUUUUUUGUACCAUCUGUGAGCUGAGACUGGUUUUUACAUUUUUUAAUGGUGAAAAAAGUCAAAAGGAGGAUAUUUUGUGACACAUGAAAACAUUAAAUUAAAAUUUCAGUAUCCAGAAAUAAAGUUUUAUUGGAACAGCUGUGCUCAUUGUCUUUAGCUGCUUUCCUGGUACAGUGGCUGAGUUUAGUAGUAUAGCAGAGUCUGUAUGGCUUCCAACAGUCAAAAUACUGUCUGGCCUUUUAAAGAGUUUGUCAAUCCCUUUUAUGGAGGAAGGUUUUGCUCAUACAUGGCAUGUUAGUCAAUUUAGUUAUUUGCUUCUAGCUGGCAGAAUGUGGUCUUGAUUACUUAAUUUCUGUUACCCCUGUAUUUUCCAAAAUGGCUUCUCCUGAUUUUACUUACGUGUUUUACUAUUGCUCAAAUUACAGAUACUAGGAAACACUACUACUUUAUAAGUACACUUCUUUUUCCUACUUAAACUCUCAAACUACAGUUACAUAUUUGCCAUGAGGUUAAGGGACCUUGAUGGUCUGUGAAUUAUCAGUUGCUUUCUGCACUACCUCCUGUGGAUAGACCUGACUGAUAGCACUUACAAAAAGACUGAUAGAUGCCAAAUCAGUCAUUUAUUAACCCUCUAAUAUUGUUGUCCCGAUCAUUUGGUAAACUCUAAGAGAGCUUAGUUUUACAUUCACAAAGUAUUUGUAUUUGAUAAGUCUUAAAAAUGAUUUAAGUUGAAGCCUAACAGAAGUACUUGUUCAUUCCUCAGUUACCUGCAAAUAAUGGAAAUAAUGGUGCAGUCAGUUUUAUUUGAUUGUGUAAUGCUUUAUACUAGGGGUCUCAAACCCCUGGGUGGCAUUAGAUUCUUACAGGAGCGUGAACCCUAUUGUGAACUGCACAUGCAAGAGAUCUAGGUUGUGCUCUCAUUAUGAGAAUCUAAUACCUGAUGAUCUGAGGUGGAACAGUCUCAUCCUGAAACCAUCUACCCCAACACCUGUCUGUGGAAAUUGUCUUCCACGAAACUGGUCCCUGUUGAAAAAAGGUUAGGGACCACUGCUUUAUACAGUGUUUGAAGUAGGCACACUUACAGUUACUAUUUCUGGUUCUUUAUGACUGUUGAGGGGGGCAGAAUUCUAUGUUUGAUUCACAGUAAAACUUUUCAUGAAUCAUUGAGGGUUAACUGUUAUCACUUGCCAAUGGAAACUGGAUAUUGAAACUUUUUUUAAGAAAUGCACUUUUACCUGAAAUAAAACUAUAAAAACUAAA